GUUGUCUUCCCGCCCGCGUCAGGGACCGGCCCGACUCAGCGGUGAGGGCCCUGGCGGCACCGGCUCUGAGGGGCCCGGGGCGGCGGGCGGCCUGUGACUCCCGGGCGAGGCGGAGCCGCAGCGGCACGCCCCUGGGAUUUGGGGGCGGGCCCGGGUUGGAGUCCACUCCGCCGGCGGCGAGGCGGGCGGCGGGACACCGGGACCUCACGCUUCCCGGAGGGCGUCCUCCACCGCGCGACAUCCCCGGGCUGAUGCCGACUUAAUGGUUGGCUUUGUAAAAUGGCGGCUGUGAGGCUUUGAAAAGCUUUGCCGGCGAAAUGGCGGGACUGCGGAGUGCCCGGAUGGAAUGGCGCAGGGUGCGCGCGUGGCGCAUGCGCUGCUCCGUGGGCGGGGCUCGCCUAGCUCCAGAGCCCCGUUGUCCGCCGAUGUGGAGCUGGGUCGCCUGUGACCCGUUACUCCAGCUGGCUGUGCCUCGGUUCGUCUUCCCUGUGUGGUUUCACGAGAGGAAAAAAAAAAGCAUAUGUAGUUUUGAAUGUUGCCCUUUUACGUCCCAAAUUUGUUUUUCCCAGGUAUAGUGGCCCAGGAAUACUAUAGUGGACUUGUUCUCCAAGCCAUUAGGUCUUCGUUCUCCCCCAGCCAAUAAUGACUUUAUUAAAAUGCCACGCCCCUCUACAGCCACGCCUCUCGGGCCAACCUCUCUCGGAGUCCACCAAGCAAAAAGCACUUCUCUAGUCCUUGGUUGAUGAGUGAGCUGUGGCCCCAUUUGCAUCCCAUAAGUGUCACAGCUCCCUGACAGCACCCAAAAACGUAUUUCAGUGAUGAAGCUUCUCUGACCCAACAACUGUCAGCUGGUGAGCUAGGAAGUCGCUGUCAUCUCUGUCCUCUUGCAAAGUGAAUAAAUUUCCAGCAUGCCAUUCUGGCUGGGUGAUCCAGACCUUGGAGUUCUCUGGACAGGACUAAUAAAAGCCCACUGAAGGAAAGGGGCUAGAAUUCACUGUCUUAAGCAAUAGAACCACCAUUUACGGUCAGCCUGAGUUAUAUGAGAGUCUUAGAUGUGGGUUUGGGAUGAUGAAGCCAAAAAGACUUCCUUGUGUCUGGUUUUGAUAGGGAGCAUGUAGCUGAGGCUCGUGUCAGACUUGCUGUGUAGUUGUGAAUGGUUUUGGACUUCUGACCCUUGUGCCUCCGUAUCCUAAAGGCUAGGAUGAUAGGAGUGUUUGCAAGCAGUCUCCCAAGUUGUUCCAGAGUCCUUUGUCUCACUGAUGUUUUCACCGGAGUGGCUUGAGUGGCUGGAUGACGGGUGUGAGCCAGGUUCCCCAGGAAGAUCAUGGAUCACUUCUGUAUACAAAAGUAGAAGGAAAGGGGCAGGAAACUCCUCAGAGCUUUCAGGGACUGCAUCAUCCUAGCACUUAAGCUCAUGCAGGGAGUUUCAAGGCCGUCCUGGGCUGUAAAGGGAGGUCCAGUCUCAAAGUUUUAAAAAAGGCUGAGUAUGCUGUCUGGCUUCAGUCUGUGGAGGAGGGGUUAAGGCAAAACAAACAUUUGUGGUGUGUGCAGGCUGCCAUGGCGUCAGAUGAAGGCAAGCUUUUCGUGGGAGGGCUAAGCUUCGACACCAAUGAGCAGGCACUGGAGCAGGUCUUCUCCAAGUACGGGCAGAUCUCUGAAGUGGUGGUGGUAAAGGAUAGGGAGACCCAGCGAUCCCGAGGCUUUGGGUUUGUCACCUUUGAGAACAUUGAUGACGCUAAGGACGCCAUGAUGGCUAUGAAUGGGAAGUCUGUGGAUGGGCGGCAGAUCCGAGUUGACCAGGCUGGCAAGUCUUCUGACAACCGGUCCCGUGGAUACCGGGGUGGUUCCGCUGGAGGCCGAGGCUUCUUCCGCGGGGGACGCAGCCGGGGCCGUGGGUUCUCUAGAGGUGGGGGAGACCGAAGCUAUGGAGGUGGCCGCUUUGAUUCCCGGAGUGGAGGUUAUGGAGGCUCCAGAGACUACUAUGCCAGCCGGAGUCAGGGUGGCAGCUAUGGUUACCGGAGCUCGGGCGGGUCCUACAGAGACAGCUAUGACAGUUACGCUACACACAACGAGUAAAAGCCCUCUGCGUCCAGAUCGUCCUUCCAAGGCUGUAAUUAAGAUGGGGGAGCUUCGCUGAAUGUUGUGUAGUGAGCACCUUGUUCCCACUUUUGUAGUCCUUUCCGUUCUGACCCAUCAGCAGCCUGCUUCUGACCGAGAUGGCCGCGUGACCAGACUUUUCUUUUUAAGGAAGCGCUGUCUUUUUAAGCAUUAUAAAAACAUUUUUGAAAGCACUUCAGAUUUUGCUUUUUUACAAAUGAGCCAUGGGUUUUUGUUUUUUCUAAAUUGUCGGGGUUGUGUGGGUUUUUGGUUGCUCGUUUUUGUUUUUUCGGGUUUUUCGGUUGUAUUGUUUUUUUCUUUUUUGUGUGGGUGCCCAUGAAGUCUGGCACCGCACCCCUCCUGGGAUGAAAUGGACUCUAUUUGAGCAAGCCAUGGCUCUCCAGCUCCCCAGCUUCCCUGUGGAGCAGAGCAGGUCCUGCCCAUUGGGCAUAGGUCGCGGCCCAUGGGGAUGCUUAGCAGUCCAGCAGGUUGUGGAAGUGUUUAUUUAUAUUGUCCUUUUUUUUUUUUUUUUUUUUUUACCGAAGACAUGCAUACUCCAUCGAUGUUGUAUUCACAGUGGCUAAAGAAUUCUUGUACGCAGUUUCUUUGGCUUCACGAAGCCGAUUAAAAGACGGUGUGAAACAAACCUCACUCUGACCAUUUCCCUUUCAUUGCCGACACACUGAGCUGCGGCUCCGUGGCCAGCAGAGCAGCUAGGAAGGCAGGGCAGUGCGGGAGGCCCAAGCAGCCCAGUGGAAACGGGAGUGGGCAGUGUUGAGAGGUAGAGGGGCGGAGAGGCCUUGGCCAGUGUAGGGCCGGGUACAGGGAGGGCCAGCGAGGCUGCCUAGCGGCUGCGCCCCGCCAGUUCCAGGCAUUCUCUGCUAGCCUCCGAAGCCGCAGCCCUCGGGGGACAGACGCGAGCCACAGACCCUCCGAGACUCGCCUGCUGCUCCCCCCGCUAGCUCUGUGCAGCUGGCCUGUGCCUCGAGGAUGAAGGAGAGCCAACCUGAACCAUGGGAGAAUGGCUAUGGCCGUGACUUCGGGUCCUAGGAGGCUCCCCAGGAGCAAGAGCCGCAGACUGCACACAGUAGGCCAGGCAAUUCCUGAGCUGACACCCUCUCCUGUGCGACGCAGGCUUCCUGCGGGACCAGAGAACGAAGCUGGGGCUGGCGUGGUUGCUGGGGCAGAAUGUUGGGGGGCUGCCUGAAUAAAGGGCUGUGACCCAGAA